AGUUGUGAUUUAUCAAACGUAUAUCUCUUCUACAUGGCUGGUUUACCUGUUCUUGGUAAUAUGAGUUGAUGCAGAAAUGACAAUAAAAUUAUCGUUUAUUUAGCCAAAAAAUUCCCAGCUUCUCAAAGAGCUGAAUCACUUCUAACUUCUUGCUCCAUCAUGUGAACAUCUUUAACCGCAGCACCACGCUGUGAUUGACUCAACCACACUUUGAGAAAUAAGCAGCAGUAGCCUGCUUUUAUUUUGAAAUCAGUCCACCUCAUACCUCAUGGUGAGCAGCUUGAUGGUGUUUCCCUCAGAGGUGUGCCAACCAGACCUGGUCCCAGUCUCAUUCCUCUGCACACAGCCGAGCAUCCUCAGCUGCUGCUCACUGGGACUUUUACAAAACUCACAACCCUGGAGCUCAGCUGACCACCACAAAUACACCACUGAAGAAGAGUGUGAAGGUACCUCUGCAACAGGUAAAACAUGAUAAGGAGGAUCGUGUUGCUGUCUGUGUGUUUACAUGCCAUCUCAGCAGCAUCUGAUUACAUUUAUGAAGAGCCCUCUAUGGACCCAGAGAAUGGGCUGAUGAGUGUGAUCAUCCCUCUGGAGGAGGCACAGCUUCCUCUACUGGGAGCCACGUUGGUACUACCCUGUCACUUUGAGGACCACACCAGCCCAGACCCUGGAGCUCCCACCAUCGCUCCCCUCGCUUAUCGCAUCAAAUGGAGCCUCGUCACCAAAGAGAAAGUCACGACUAUCUUAGUGGCUUUGCAGGGAAAGGUGCGCGUCAGCGAGAGCUACCUGGACAGAGUUCAUCUGGUGGAAUACCCCUUGACUUCCACGGACGCUAGCAUCAAGAUAUCCGAGCUGCGCUCCAGUGACACAGGAGUCUACCGCUGUGAGGUUCAGCACGGCAUCGAGGACAGCCACGACAUUAUCCAUGUGCAGGUUCAAGGUAUGGUGUUCCACUACCGGGCAAUCAUGGGCCGCUACGCUUUGACCUUUGAAAAGGCGAAGGCAGCAUGCACCCAGAACAGUGCCGUCGUAGCUUCAGCCGAACAGCUUCAAGCCGCCUACGACGAUGGAUUCCACCAGUGCGACGCCGGCUGGCUCUCUGACCACACAGUCAGGUACCCGAUCCAUGAUCCUCGUGCGAACUGCCUUGGCGACAAAGAGGAGCUGCCUGGGGUCAGAACAUACGGAGUGAGGGACCUCGAUGAGACUUAUGACGUCUACUGCUACACUAAGGAGAUGACAGGCAGAGUUUUCUACACCGCUUCUGCAAAAAAGUUCACCUACUCUGAGGCGGUGGAGGUGUGCUCCAAUCAGGUAGCUCAGUUGGCCACUACUGGUCAGCUCUACCUGGCCUGGCAGGGUGGGAUGGAUGUCUGCAACGCCGGCUGGCUGGGAGACAGGAGCGUCCGCUACCCCAUCAGCAUCCGUCGGCCGCAAUGUGGAGGGGGUCUGCUGGGGGUGCGAACUGUUUACCGCCACACAAACCAGACAGGAUACCCACUUCCUGAGUCCCGCUACGGCGCCUUCUGCUACACAGAGGCCCCCGAAGGUUUGGACAUCAUAGACGAGGGAAGCGGCGUGCUGAGUGUGACCGCGGUGACACACAGCCCAGAGGUGUACUUCAAGCGGACGACCACAGAGAGCGAGGCGGUCGGAGAGUUGGAGACUCAGCAGCCUACCGUUGUGGACUUUACCUUCACAGAGAGCCCUACCGGGCUGCCGCUGCCUCAGCCGGCAAACGUCACAGACUUCGCCAUUGACCUGAUAGAACCAGCCACCGCCCGGCCCGAUAUAGGAAGAGAGCCCAGCAAAGGCUCUGUCACGUCUCCAACAGCUGUUCCUUCCAUCGUCUCUCCUAUACCUGUGGAGACUUCGGGCUCUGGCUCAGCAGACUUUGGCUCAGGGUCUGCGGUUGAUGGUGCCUCUGGGGGUCACUCUGGAGACCAGUCUGGAUCUGGAGACAUGUCUGGUCCUGGAGACGAGGUUAUCUCUGAUGAUCUGUCUGGCUCAGGAGACUUGUCUGGCUCUGGGGACUUGGCCGGCAGUGUCAUUGCUGAGCUGCCCAGUGGAGAAUCAGGUCUCAGCAGUACAGAUUCUUCUGGCUCAGCUGUCAGUGGAGACGGAUCCGGCAUCAAUGUUGUAUUUUCGGACAUCAACAGCACUUUUUCUGGAGAGGGCUCGGCUUCAGGUGGACUCCAAGAAGCUGGAGAGGGAAGCACGGGGAUCUUUAUCGUCCCUUCAUCUGAAGUAGGCUCUGGAGAGCUCAGUGGUAGCGGGGACAUGUCCGGAUCUGGAUCUGGUUUCAGCUCUGGGGAGAGUGGCUCUUCCAUAGACGGCUCUGGGGAAAGUGGACAGUUCUCUGGCAUGUCGUCCGGUUUCAUCACUGGCCAAGACUUUUCUGGGUUAAGUGGGUUCCCAUCAGGAUUCUCCUCUGGAAGUGCUAGUGGAGACUCAGGAGAGCUUUCUGGAAGUGGGGACGCACAGAUCUUACUGAUCGAUCAUGAACUCAUCGACGCGUCCACCCCUGUUACCCACAAGGAGAAUGAGCUUGGUGGAGGCCGUCUGGCGUUCAGCGGCUCUGGAGACAUUUCAGGAUCUGGGAUUCUCAGCGGCUCUGGAAGUGGCUCUGGGUCCUUCUCGGGGGUGACCCUUGUUGGGUCAGGGUUUACUGACCUUACAGUAUCAUCCUCUGGAGAGCAGGAGGCCUCUGGAUUUGGAAGCUCAAGCUUCAUCUCUGGAUCUGGAUCGGAAAUCUCUGGAUCAGGAAUGUCUGGUUCUGAGUCCUCAACGAGCGGAGAAGAAGGAAGUGUUACGUUUGUCUCUGGGGAUUUUUUGACAGCGGUAUCUGGAGACACUACACUGUCUAUGGAGCUUGGACAGGGGUCAGUGGAGUACAGUGGAGAAGGAAGCAGUAGCACCAGUGGCUCAGGAGCUCCCUCUGGAAAUCUGCCACAGAUGGUGCUGUCCUCUCCAUCCAGUGAGUGGGCAUCAACAGAAAGCACCACAGGACCAGAGGAGGCCCUUAGUGGGGGUAAACUGUCACAGACCCCUGGUGACGUCUAUGGAACUCCCCACCCUGUGCUUGCCCCUGCAGGACUGGCUGCUCCUCCCACUGCAACUACACCAGCUUCUGUGCCGACAACGGGUGUCGUUGAAGAAACUUCAACUACAGUGGAGGAUGAGCAGCGGUGUGAGGACGGUUGGACUAAGUUUCAGGGGAACUGCUACCUGCACUUCUCUGACAGAGAGAUGUGGCUGGACGCAGAGCAGCACUGCCGGGACCUGAACGCCCACCUGGUCAGCAUCAUCACGCCAGAGGAGCAAGACUUUGUCAACUCAAAUGCGAAGGACUACCAGUGGAUCGGGUUGAAUGACAAGACAGUAAAGAAUGAUUUCCACUGGACAGAUGGCACUCCACUGCAAUACGAGAACUGGAGGCUGAACCAGCCGGAUAAUUACGUCAGCUCUGGAGAAGACUGUGUGGCGAUGAUCUGGCACGAGAAAGGCCAGUGGAACGACGUGCCCUGCAUCUACCGCCUGCCGUUUACCUGCAAGAAAGGCCCAGUGUCCUGUGGCGCCCCGCCAGAGGUGAAGAAUGCCCACAUGUUUGGUAAGAAGAGGGACGAAUACCGCGUCAACUCCAUCAUCCGGUAUCAGUGCAGCCCCGGGUUUGCACAGCGCCACCCGCCGACGGUUCGCUGUAAAGCAGACGGACAGUGGGAGAAACCCCAAGUGCAAUGUACUGACGUGAAAGCCAGAUAAAGAAUGCAGCGGAAAAGCAGCAAGCGUCUGGCAGCCGGCAGCAAGCUUCACUAAAAUGAAAAAAGAAAAGAGGAAUGAAUGAAUCAAGAACUUUUGCAGCGCACAGAUUUUUGCUUGAGGGUCAAAUCGUGCGACAUCCUGUUUCGAUCCCCCGUCCCUCAUAAUAUAUUUUAACUAUACAUUAUCAUGUUAUUGCUCUGAGUUGAUUUGCGUUGUGUGUUUUGUAACAUAAUUUUUGUUUCGUUGAAGUUUUAGCUGGGAUAUUUUGGUUCACAUGAGUUUUACAGAAGGCAGCAUCUGUCUGGUUCGAUGUACUUUACUUUAGAUCUGCAGCGCAGCGCGAGACAAUCCAUUACAGUAAGAACUUGUAGCUCAGAGGUAAACAUACGUAUUUAGGAUCAUUGGAUGUGUUCUGGAUUAUUUCACACAUCUAAAGUGGUUUCAUUGGACAUGAUGUCUGGUUAAAGUAGCCUCCAGUUUCUUAUAUUUAAUCUGCAGAGGACGAAGGGAAACUGCCUGUGACGUGUUGGCUGGUUUGGGUCUUUUGUCUUCUCUGCGUUUUAGUUGUCAUCAUCUUCCACGACGACGCUGUGCAGUGCAUAGUGUAUCUGUCAGUAAAAUGAACCUGUUAUCUGUUAAUGUUGGUAACCUCAGAGGAAAGCAUUACAGUGUGAAAUGCCUGUUGUUGAUGUCUUUGACCGCUUUCUUUUGUGCACUCGUUUUGUGUCGUUGUUUCUGUAUUUGGGGGCUGUGCCCGCUUCAUAAUGUCACCAGCUGCAUGAUAAACCAAAGACGCGUGUGUCUGCUGUACACAACUCAUGGUAACGUUGUGAAUUCAAACAAUAACUCUUGCUUGGGUUUGCGUGUGUCCACCAAGAAUGUCCAUGUACAAGAAACCAAUAGUUUGCAUCUAGUAACUGUUUCAUGACCUGCCGUGAUACCGGGCUGCAACACGCAGAUAAACACGAGUGUAAUAAUGUCCAUUCUGUCACUUCCAAUGAAAAUUCAAAGCCGAUGUCAAUUUGGGGACAAAGCGGUGAUGUAUUAAUUCAUAUGAAACACUGGUUCUUUGCACGAGGCAGGAAAUAGAGAAAUAAUAUAUGAAUUAAGAGAAACAUAUUUUCGUCAUCCUCACAUGAUGUCAGAAUGAACUCACACCUCUGAGUGUUUGUACUCACGUCAGUCGAUGCCACAUUAAAACUCUUCUGUUGAUA